UAGCUCAGAGUCGCCCUGGGCUUACCGUUUUGAAAAGGGACAGGGGGGAUACAUGACAGUGAGUCGAGGGGUCCACGACCGCGGAGGAGGUUGCCAUCGCGACGCGGCCCGCGGGAGAGUUUCGCUUCCGGGUUAGGCGGCGGCGCAGGCGCAGACGCGGCAGGAGCUGACGGCCCACGGGGCUCCGCUUCCGGGUAGAUUUUCCCAGGAUCGGCGGCUUCUCGGGCUCGGGCUCCUCGAUCGCGGCCAGAGAGCCGACACCGCGCGGGCGGCUUCCCCGGGACUGAGGGACGCGGACCCCGGGGGAGGCCAGAAGGACCCGGAUCGGGCUGGACCCGAGCCACAGACCGUCGCCCAUGGCGGCCCUCGGCCCCGGCAGCCAGAAUGUCACCGAGUAUGUCGUUCGCGUUCCCAAAAACACAACUAAAAAAUAUAAUAUCAUGGCCUUCAAUGCAGCCGAUAAAGUCAACUUCGCGACUUGGAACCAGGCCCGGCUGGAGCGUGACCUGAGCAACAAGAAGAUUUACCAGGAGGAGGAAAUGCCCGAGUCGGGCGCGGGCAGCGAGUUCAACCGCAAGCUUCGGGAGGAGGCUCGCAGGAAGAAGUACGGCAUCGUCCUCAAGGAGUUCCGGCUGGAGGACCAGCCCUGGGUGCUCCGCGUCAACGGCAAAUCAGGCAGGAAGUUCAAGGGCAUAAAGAAGGGAGGCGUGACAGAGAACACAUCCUACUACAUCUUCACCCAGUGUCCCGACGGGGCCUUCGAGGCCUUCCCCGUGCACAACUGGUACAACUUCACGCCGCUGGCCCGGCACCGCACGCUCACCGCCGAGGAGGCCGAGGAGGAGUGGGAGAGGAGGAACAAAGUCCUGAACCACUUCAGCAUCAUGCAGCAGCGGCGGCUCAAGGACCAGGACCAGGACGAGGAGGACGAGGAGAAGGAGAAGCGCAGCCGUAAGAAGGCCAGCGAGCUGCGCAUCCACGACCUGGAGGACGACCUGGAGAUGUCAUCCGACGACAGCGAGGCCAGCGGCGAGGAGGGCGGCAGAGCCCCCAAGGCCAAGAAGAAGGCACCGCCCGGCAAGGCGGGCAGGAAGAAGAAAAAGAAAAAGGGGUCGGAUGACGAGGCCUUUGAGGACAGUGAUGAUGGGGACUUCGAGGGCCAGGAGGUGGACUACAUGUCCGACGGCUCCAGCAGCUCCCAGGAGGAGCUGGAGGGCAAGCCCAAGGUCCCCCAGCAGGAGGAGGGCCCCAAGGGCGUCGACGAGCAGAGCGAGAGCAGCGAGGAGAGCGAGGAGGAGAAGCCGCCUGAGGAGGAGAAGGAGGAGGAGGAGGAGAAGAAGGCGCCCACGCCUCAGGAGAAGAAGCGGAGGAAAGAUAGCAGCGACGAGUCGGAGAGCUCGGAGGAGAGUGACAUCGACAGUGAGGCCUCCUCGGCCCUCUUCAUGGCGAAGAAGAAGACGCCCCCCAAGAGGGAGCGGAAGCCGUCAGGAGGCAGCUCGCGGGGCAACAGCCGGCCCAGCACGCCCAGCACAGAGAGCGCCAACACCUCCUCUACCCUGCGGGCGGCCGCCAACAAGCUGGAGCAGGGGAAGCGGACGAGUGACACGCCGACGGCCAAGCGGUUGAGGCUGGACACCGGGCCGCAGAGCCUGUCCGGGAAGUCGACCCCCCAGCCCCAGUCCGGGAAGUCGACCCCCAGCAGCGGGGACGUGCAGGUGACCGAGGAGGCUGUGCGCCGCUACCUGACGCGGAAGCCCAUGACCACCAAGGACCUGCUGAAGAAGUUCCAGACCAAGAAGACAGGGCUGAGCAGCGAGCAGACCGUCAACGUGCUGGCCCAGAUCCUCAAGCGCCUCAACCCCGAGCGCAAGAUGAUCAACGACAAGAUGCACUUCUCCCUCAAGGAGUGAGGGCCCAGCCCAGCCACCCGCCAGUAAACAGGCUCGAGUCUCCAGAACUUUCUGGCGCUUCAAUUCCACACACUCGCCGCCACGUGUCCCACGGCCCGUCUCUCACUCGCCUCCCUGAAUCCCAGGACCCCCCAGCAUUAUCAAUUCUGGAGAAACCUAAGCAGUUUUCUCCUCAGUUUACAUCUCUCAUCCUCUCUGGUUCCUCCUUCUGGAACCUUCCGACGCCUCUCAGAACUAUUCCUCGCCUUAUCCCUCAACCUCUGCCACGUUGACUGAGCCUCUGCCACACGCUGGCUGAUUUCCUCAGCUCUGUCUUCCAUCUCGCCAGCUCUCUCUCCAGCUGUGGCUCCUCCACCACUAACCCAUUAAGUGCAGGCUCACCUCGCAGAUAUCGUGGGUUCAGGUCCAGACCACCGCAAUAAAGCAAAUAUCGCAAUAAUGCGAGUCACACGACUUUUUUGGUGUCCCAGCGCAUAUAAAAGUUACAUUUAUACUGUAGUUUUUGCAGUGUGCAGUAACAUUAUGUCUUAAAAACAAUGUACGUACCUUAAUUAAGAAAUCCUUUAUGGCUGAAAAAUGCUAACCGUCAUCUGAGCCUUCAGCAAGUUGUAAUCUUUUUGCUGGAGGUGGGUCUUGUAAAAAAUGCAACAUCCAGGGGCCGGGCCGGUGGUGUAGCUGUUAGCUUUGCGUACUCUGCUUUGGCGGCCUGGGAUGCUCAGGUUCGGAUCCCGGGCGUGGACAUACCCAUUGCCUAUCAAGCCGUGCUGUGGCGGCGUCCCACAUACAAAGUGGAGGAAGAUGGGCACGGGUGUUAGCCCAGGGCCAGUCUUCCUCAGCAAAAAGAGGAGGAUUGGCAGAUGUUAGCUCACGGCUGAUCUGCCUCACACACACACCAAAAAUAACAUCUGCAAAGCGCAAUAAAAUGAGGUCUUCCUGUACUUAGUUUCAAUGACUAUUUUCCAGUUCUCGAAGUCAUCUCUGUUGUUUUUCAGAUCGGCUGGUCUGUUUUGACAGUGUCUUGCCCCUUCUGUUCCUGAUCCCUUCUUUCACGUUUUUAUCUUCAGCAUCCCUGUCUUAUAGUCUCUGCCAGACACUUGUAGUACCCAAAGCUCACAGACAGGUAUCGUUUGACUCCCUUUCGUGAUGGAUUCUUGUACUUUGUAAUUUUGGACGGGGGACUCCUGUCUGGCUUGGGGGCUCUAUCUGCAGGACUCCUGGGCGGUCUGUUUUGCAGGCAGCUCCUUCCAGAUCGUUUUUGCCUUGCUCCUGCCAGAUGCCCCAGGAGUCCCAGCCUGAGCCUGUUUGAGGUGUGGUUCUCAGCUUCCGGGCCCUGUCUCUGUGUGGCCACAAACUCCCAGACCCCUUUGUUGCUGAUGUUGGCAUCUGGGUCCUCCCUAGUUUUCAGCUUUCCAGUGAUGUUUCUGGAGCUUCCUUUAUUUUCUUACAAGUCGGUUAUGCAUUUACUUUAUCCAGUUUUGCUAGGUGUUCUGUAGCCGGAGAGCUUUUUGGGUUCGUGCACAGUAACGUUGCUGGAAGCUGAAUUUGGCAGCACGAGCUACUUUUGAACCCCUGUUCCGAGCAAUCCAGCUGGGGGCCGGAUGUCAGGCUU